UUGGCUUGGCAACACUGUCGAGAAGGCCAACUGGAACCCGAAAAUGGCGUUGAAACGAAAAGUCUAAGAAUAAUUUAAAUAAAUAAAAGUGAUUGUACUGUGCUCCCUAGUGUUUCAUUAUUUUUCGCGUUUCGCGUAUAGGAUUAUAGACAGUAUAGUAGUGUUUUAAAUUAACCAAAUCUUAAUAAAACCCAUAAAAACUAUGUCGGACUCCGGUGACGUCCAACAACCAUCCAGUCCCGCGGAACGGGAUAAGGCGCCCUCCAAAGUAAUCAUUUCCGAGGCAGAAAUUUCGUCAUUAACGCCUACGGAAUGGGUCAAUCGUUGGCAUCAACAAGAGUCCUACAUCACCACCCUGGAAAGGAAAUUUAAUCUACAAGAAGGGGAUCUCCAUGAGCUACGACAAAGCAGUGAAAGGAUCAAAAGCCAACUUCAGGAGGCACAACAAAGGGAGAAAAUGUUAGUGAGGAGGUUAACGGCUAAAGAGCAAGAGACGCAAGACUACUUGUGCCAGUUAAACGAACUGAAAAAUUCCCAAGCUCCAACAAUACCGUCUCUCCGAUCCGCCCUAUUAGAUCCAGCAGUUAACAGCAUUCUUCAGCAACUUAGGUUGGAACUUCAAGAGACCAAAACGAAACUGGAAAACAUUCAGAACGAGCUCUCUGCCUGGAAAUUCACCCCCGACAGUAACACAGGAAAACGCCUUAUGGCAAAAUGUAGACUCUUGUAUCAAGAGAACGAAGAAUUGGGCAAAAUCACUAGUUCGGGUCGCAUAGCGAAACUGGAAAGCGACCUGGCCCUACAAAAGAGUUUUUCCGAGGAAGUUAGGCAGUCACAAAACGAGCUGGACUCUUUCCUGGCCGACCUCGACGAGGACGUUGAGGGCAUGCAAAGUACAAUUUUGUUUCUUCAAACGGAAUUAAAGAGAUCGAAAGAACAAGUGCAGACGAUGCAGAAAGAGAUCAGUAUGUUGAAAGUUAGCAACGGAAGGACCAACGGUGAAAAUAGUGGUGUUUGUGAGUCUGAACGGACCGAUUCGGAUAGCGAGUUAGAGAGGACACGAGGCGCGAAAAGGGUUAGAAGGUCCUCGGUAUUAAGUCUCGAUUUUAACGAGGACGAUGCGCUAGUGAUAAGUACGAAUGGGGAUGUCGCCAUGUCUUCGGAUAUUGAAUAAGUGUAACAUGCAUGCCUUCUAUAGAAUUUUAUUACAUUCCUUACGUGUUUUUUUCUUCUUUAUUAGCGUACUAUUUUGUGCCUUUAUUUGGUUUGAAUUAGGGACUUAUAUAAAGGUGUUCACAGAUCUAAAAGUGAGUGACAAUGUUUAAAAAAACUGACGAACAGUAUAUGAAAUUUUUUCUUUUGUAUAUAUUUAAAAAUUAACUAUUGUAUAGGUUAAAUUCAAAAUAUACAUAUUUGGCUGCAACAUUGUAAAAGCUACUAUUUAAAUGACUUUAUAUUUUAUCUUAGUUUGUAUAUGGUAAAAUUGCACCGGUUAACGAAGCAUGUUUUGAAUAAACGCGCCUUGACAAGUGCGAUAAAUAUUUUAACAAA